GAGACCCCGAGAGAAGCAACGCUGGAGUUAAAAGUAGUUUCAAGAUAGUUGAGUUGUCACUUGUCUACAGGACCUUGCAGGAUGCUGCCGCGGAGGGUGAUGUGGGGAGUUGUGGUGCGUCAGGUCACUCCGCGUUUGACCUACAGCACUGCAGCACAGCCACAGACAGCAAAACCAAAAAAGACAAAGUUUGGUCCCCUAAGUGACCAAGACAGGAUAUUCACCAACUUAUAUGGCCGGCAUGACUGGAGACUCAAGGGAUCACUCAAACGAGGAGACUGGUAUAAGACUAAGGAGAUCAUACUGAAGGGACAAGACUGGAUCCUGAAUGAGGUGAAGAUCUCAGGACUUCGAGGCAGAGGUGGAGCAGGCUUUCCUACAGGCAUGAAGUGGAGCUUCAUGAACAAACCAAGCGAUGGCCGACCUAAGUACCUGGUGGUGAAUGCUGAUGAAGGUGAGCCUGGGACAUGUAAAGACCGUGAGAUUAUGCGUCACGACCCUCACAAGCUGAUAGAAGGCUGCCUUAUCGCUGGGAGAGCCAUGGGUGCUCGUGCUGCGUACAUCUACAUCAGAGGAGAGUUUUACAAUGAGUCAUCCAACCUACAGGUGGCUAUUAAUGAGGCCUACAAGGCAAAGCUGAUUGGAAAGAACGCUUGCGGUUCUGGGUUUGACUUUGACGUUUUUGUAAUGCGGGGAGCGGGAGCCUACAUCUGCGGGGAGGAGACGGCUCUCAUCGAGUCUCUGGAAGGAAAACAAGGGAAACCCAGACUCAAGCCCCCUUUUCCUGCAGAUAUAGGUGUUUUUGGGUGCCCAACAACAGUUUCCAAUGUGGAGACGGUUGCCGUGGCUCCUACAAUCUGUCGUCGAGGUGGAGCUUGGUUUGCCAGCUUUGGCAGGGAGAGGAACUCAGGGACAAAGCUUUUCAACAUCUCUGGUCAUGUGAACACACCAUGCACAGUGGAGGAGGAGAUGUCUAUUCCUCUGAGGGAGCUAAUAGAGAGACACGCAGGAGGCGUGAGGGGCGGCUGGGACAAUCUAUUAGGAGUGAUCCCAGGAGGGUCCUCCACUCCCAUCAUCCCUCGCCAUGUGUGUGACAAUGUGUUGAUGGAUUUUGAUGAUCUGGUCCGAGCAGAGACUGCAUUAGGGACCGCUGCAAUCAUAGUUAUGGACAAAUCGACUGAUGUGAUCAGAGCCAUUGCACGUUUGGUUGAGUUCUACAAACAUGAGAGCUGUGGGCAGUGCACCCCCUGCAGGGAGGGAGUUGACUGGAUGGAUAAAAUGAUGUGGAGAUUUGUUCGAGGUGAAGCAGCGGUUUCAGAGAUCGAUAUGAUCUGGGAGCUCAGCAAGCAGAUAGAAGGACACACCAUCUGUGCUCUGGGUGACGGAGCUGCCUGGCCAGUGCAGGGGCUGAUCCGUCACUUCAGGCCAGUCAUGGAGAGCCGCAUCGCUCAGUUUAACCAGAAAUACCUUCCAAGAGAGCCAGAGAUUGAGAUGAUAUGAAACUAUGAAGAUGUCUAUUACAGCAUUUAUUAUCUUAUUUGUUGCUGCUUUGUAAUGAUUAUUUUGCAACAGUUUUAAAUGUGAAGAUGUGU